AUGGAAAAUAUAAAAAAGGAAAACAUUACAGAAGACAAAAAAAUAGAAACAAAAAAUAUAGAAAAUGAUGAAUAUAACGCAACAUCACUAGUAGAAAAAAUUAUAAAUAAUAAAGAAAAGGAUGUAAAUAAUAAUAAAAAUGAUAAAAAUAAUAAAGUUGAAGAAAGAUGUGAAACAAAUUCAAAUUUAGAAUCAAGUUUAGAAUCUGAGAGUGAAAAUUCAGAAAACUUUGAAAAAUUAUUGAAAAAUGUUAAAGUAGUUAAUAUUUCAAGCUUUAAUAAAAAUGAAUUAAUUUCAGAAAAAAGUUCAAAAAUUUUUCCUGUGGAUGAAAAACAUUUACCUAUGACACUAUUGUUCAUACAUAAUUUUAUGGUUGAACAUCAAUUUUUAGAAUCUCUAGAAACAUUUGAGAAGGAGUGUAUAAAAAUUUUUGGUUAUGAUAUAAAUAAUUUGAGAAAAGAAAAGUAUGAAGACAUAUUUACUCAAAAUGAGUUACUAAGAAAUGAUUUUUUGAAUAAUGAAAAAUUAGCAAAGGAAACUCAAAAUUCUUUGGAAGAUGCAAAUAAAAAAAUUCAAAAAUUAAUUAAAGAAAGAGAUUACUAUUUAAUGCAUCAUAAGAGAGUUUUGCAGGAGAAAGAAACUCUGAAUAAAGAAAUAAAUAAAGAAAAAAAAGAAAAUGAAAAAAUUAAAGCUUCUCUAAGUGAAAUAAAAAGCAAAUAUGAAUUUGCAAUUAAAGAAAAAAUGCUUAUCAUUCUAGAAAAAGAAAAAAAAGAUAAUAAAAUCGAAGGAUUAAAUAAGUAUAUUCUAAGACUCAAAGAUUUAUUGGGAAGCAGCAAAUCAAAUACUUCAAUAAUAGACGUUUCUUCAGGAGGAAAAAAUAACAGUGAUGUAUCUAAUGUUAACUUAAAACAAAAUAAAAAGGAUUUAGAAAAAUUAUGCUCAAAAAGAGAAGAUACCCCAUGGCCUAAGAACGAAAAUGUUAAUUAUGAAUUAACUGAAAAUGAAGAUAGGGAAAAUUUUAUUCUAUCUAUUUCUUCUUUAUCUAUUGAAAAAUCUUUUAAUGCGCACAACGAGGCUGUAUUAGGUCUUGCAUAUAAUAAUAAAGUUCAUUUAUUAGCAACAGGAGGAGAUGACGGGAAAUGGAAAACAUGGAGUAGCAUAAAUUAUGAAUUAGUAAUGGCUUCACAAGCCCAUAAAAAAUGGAUAGGUGAUCUAUGUUUUAACAAUGAAGGAAAUAUUUUAUGCACGUGUAGUGGAGAUUCUAAAAUUAAAUUAUGGGAUAUGAUUAAAGAAAAAUGUGUUCAUACUUUUAAAAAUUCAACUGGACCUAUAUGGAGCUUGUCAUUUCAUUAUGAAGGUGAUUUUUUUGCAUCUGCGUCGAUGGAUCAAACAAUUAGGAUAUUUGAUAUAAAUAGUUUAAGGCAAAGGCAAAUUUUAAGAGGGCAUGUUGAUAGUGUAAAUUCUGUGAAUUAUCACCCAUUUUUUAGUACUCUUGUUACCGCAUCUGUAGAUAAAACGAUAUCAAUUUGGGAUAUGAGGAGUGGGUUAUGUGAAAAUACUUUUUAUGGUCACCAUUUUCCAUGUAACCAUGCUGAUUUUACUACAGAUGCAAAAUGGAUUUAUUCUUGUGAUUCUGGUGGCGUUGUUAAAAUUUGGGACAUACGCAAAAAUAAGUGUUUUAUUAAUAUAGAUGCAGGUCCGUUAAGUGCAAAUAAAUGCCCAAUGGAUAAAAACAAUAAAUAUUUAUUUAUAGCUUCAGAAGAUCACACAAUAAAAAUAUUUGAUGUAUUGGAAAAAAAGUUUGUUAGGGCAUUGAAACACGAAUAUCCAAUAAAAAACGUUUUAUUAGAUAACAAUAAAAUAUUCUGUUCAUUGUCUAACGGAGAAAUUUUUAUUUGGGGACAAAUAGAAAAAUGA